GUACUAGUAUUUCGCUUAUAUAUAAGAGAAUAAGUUGUUUACAUUUGGCAUUUGUGAAAUUUAUGUUAGAGGAGUGUCAUAUGAUUUCGCGACGGAGGUGAUACGGAUGGACCAUUUUAUAAACAGUUAAGUGGCAACAACAACAAUUAUGAAGUGAUGUACCAAUUUACGUCAUAAAGAAUAUUUAAACAGGAGUUAAUCGCGUACAAAAAAAUGUCAGAGUAUGAAAAAGUGUUGGAACAGUUGGGGUCAUUUGGCCCCUACCAGAGACGUGCAUUCCUCCUGGUGAGCAUGUUUGAGACGCCGCUGGCGUGGGCCAUGCUCACUCCCAUAUUGCUGAACUACAAGCCAGACUGGUAUUGCUACGACUGGCCGUCCAUUCAUCAAACACUUUAUAAUGAAAGUGCAAUAGAUCCAGCUGUCAUCCCUCGUAUUACAGAUAUAGAAAUGCUUGAUUAUUAUAAGUAUUUGUAUAACUCUACAGUGAAUUUUACUUUGAAUAGAACUAAGAACACGUGUGGCCCAAAUAAUGAAAUUUGUACUGGAAUUGAAUUUGAACAAGGAAUUAAUUCUAUCGUUUCUCAGUUUAAGCUAGUGUGUAACCAGGCAAUACUAGCAGACACCAUCACGUCAAUACAGAUGGCUGGGGUGCUGGUAGGGGCCGUGCUCACGGGACAACUGGCCGACCUGUUUGGUCGACGUCAGAUCCUGUUCAUCCAGCACUUUGUUCUGGUCAUUAUGUGGUUCUCCAGCGCGUUUGCCAGCAGCUGGGCUGUGUAUGCGGGGCUCAGAUUUGUGAUAGGAGCAUUGACAGGAGGUGUGCUGGUGGUGAACUUUGUGCUGCCGCUAGAGCUGGUGACCCCGGAGUGGCGUACGUUCUGUGGGUGUAUAGGCCUGUGGGCGGUGGGGCUAAUGGGGCUGGGACUGUGGGGGUACCUGAUCAGAGACUGGCAGUACCUCGUCAUAGCAACCUCAACCUCCAGUAUCUUCAUACUGCUCUCCUGGUGGUUUGUACCGGAAUCUCCACGAUGGUUGCUGAGUAAGGGGCGAGUGAGGAAGGCCGAGCAGAUCCUCACUGCUAUGGCCAAAUACAACAGGAAGCCAGUACCAGACUUCACGAGACUCAGAGAAUCUGCAGCAUCUGAGAUGCAUGCAAGAGAACAGCAAACCAAGUACACUUACUGGCAUUUGUGUAACACAUGGAAGUCUGCAAAAAAUGCUAUGAUUCUUAUGUAUGGCUGGUUUGUAUCCAGCUCAGUUUACUACGGUAUGAACUUCAACACAAAGAACCUCACUGGUAACCUCUACAUGAACAUAUUCUACUCUGGCCUUGUGGAGAUUCCAGCUCUCAUAUUUGUUGUGUGCGUGCACAACAAGCUGGGUCGCAGGCUAACUGUGUCCUUGCUCAUGUUUAUUGCUGGAGCCUUCUCAUUUGCCAUUCUCAUCCUUGACUUGUCAGGUGGCCUGGACAACUACCCCAAGAUAACGCUGACGUUUGCGAUGAUCGGCAAGGCGGGGAUCUCUGGGGGCUGGGCAGCCUUGCAAGUCUUCUCAGCAGAGCUCUUCCCUACUGUCAUAAGGAACAUUGGUGUUGGCGCCUGCUCAUUUUGUGCAAGACUUGGCGCUAUAGUGGCUCCGCAGAUAGUGUUUCUGGGAAGUCAAGGGGCAGCUCCUCUGCCUUUCACAGUGUUUGGAGUUAUUGCCCUUAUAGCAGGUGGAACAGUGUGGCUACUGCCAGAAACAAGAGGUGUGCCCCUACAGGAUGAGCUGAUUGUGCGUCGGCCCAGCCAUGCAGGUCACCCUACAGAGGGGAAACUUGAGAGUGUCCCCCUACAGGCCAUCCACAACGGGGACUCUGCAGGAGAUACUGCAUGAGGGUUAUCAGACAUCCAUGUCAUUGAAAAUCAAAUGAGCCUUGUUUUGGGAAAACGGGGCUAAAUGCAUGUGCGUGUCAUCACAGAUUAGCCUGUGCUGUUCCACAGGUUAUUAAAGAGCAACACUUUCCACCAAGGCAGGAUUUUAGUUUAGAAGAGACUUCACUAGUACAAGUGAAAAAUUCCAUAAGAGCAGAUAGUGACGUCAUUGAUUAGCCUGCGCGGACUUCACAGGCUCACCUGGGGGGACACUACUCACAUGCAGUAAGCCUAGAGCAAUGCACAAAUGUUCUUGUUUUGGGGCAAUUACAAUCACAGAAAAGUUGUUCAUCAUAAAUAAGUCAUAUUGAACAUUUUGAACAUAUGAGUAUGUUAAGUGGUAGUAGUUUCGCUCUAAAAAAAUUCUUGUAUAUCAUGUAUAAUGUACGCCUAGUAAAAUUCAAAUUUUAUUGAGAUAUACAUGCAUUGAAUAUCUGUUACUUUCUAGUUCAUGGGUGUUUAAAAGUUACCUACUCUUGUUUGUGAUUAACAUUAUUUUUUAAUAAAUGUCCAUACAUGACUUGCUAAAAGAUCUGUGUUUAAAUACAGCAUUUUGUCUGUUCAAUACAUUAUACUUUAUAUACAUUGUGUGAGGUACAAACUACAGUUGUUUGUGUGAUGUCUUAAUUUAUUUUUUAGAAUAUUUGCAUCAAUUUUAACCAGUAUUGUCUAGCCUUGAUUGCCACGAUCUUUAGUUGAAACUUCGUGCUUUAGUAACAUUUGUAGUAAUUGACCACUUGGAAAUAAAACCACAACAUAUUUUAAUCCAUUUAAUGCUCAACUAUACAAUCCAUUACUUUGCUAUUUAUAUAAUUUGAGGUGCUUUCAUAUACAUUGUAAAAUAUACAUUGUCAGAAUACAUUUACCGAACAAAACUUUUAUUGACUUGUGGUAUGUUAUUGUGUCUAUUAUAUUGCUUGUUUGCUGAAUGCUUUAUACUUGUGUUACAAUUCUUCCAAGGGACUAUUUUUAGCCCACUUGAGCUCAGCAUGUUCCUGGUAAGCUUUUGUGAUCACAUUUUGUCGGUUGUUCUUGUCUGUCAUGUGCUUUGAAACAUUGUGAACACUCUACAUGUAAUAUUUUUCAUAAUCAUAAUGAAACCUGCUCAGACAAAUUGUUCUAAUAAUGUGUGUUUCUUGUUCAGAAAUUGGUUUAAUUUGGUCGAAAAAGAGCUGCUUUAGUUGGGCGGCAAUUUUCCUCAUAAUUUAUGCUAUACCCGUAGUGAAACACUACUUAUUCAGAACUUUUCCUUAGGAUGUUAGGUGAGCGCUUUGGUCCUCUUGUUUAUUAUACAGAUGGUUCGUGGUUUGAUGUACAUAUUCUUGUAUUUGUUAUUGGAAUGACUGCCUUUGUGACGUUCUUUUAGUUUUAACUUGUUAUUUGUGAUAAAAUAUUUAAUGUGUUACAUGUGAAGUGAAUUUAUUUAAGAAAUAUUAUCUGAGUGUUUAGUUUGAUGUUAAUGCAAAUUGGGUGUAUUUUGUCAGACUGUUCAUAAACAAAUAAAUUGCAGAAAAAUUACAUUAAAUUAUAAAAAAAUAAAAUGUAUAAUAACAUAAUAAUAAUUUUCUCCAUACUUAAGACAUUGAAAAAAAGAUCACAAUAUUAAAAACUGAUACAUUAUUACCUUUUGAUAAUGGGCCAGAUUGGUUUUAGGAUGCAUCAAAAUUUGAUAGUAAAAUAUUUUAAGAAAAUCUUUUAUAAAAAAAAUUGUUGCAAAUGUUUUAGCGAGUGUUAUUGAAAAGGAAUUAUAUACCAAGAUUAAGAAUGUAGUGAAUAUACAGCAUUCAUUAACAAUGUCACUAUUGUGUUAUUCCUUAAUAUAAGGAUUAUACAAUUUAAUUGUAUUGUUUAGUUUAUUUAAAUAAAAUCUUAUUUCAGCUGUAUUUUUGAUAAAUAUUUAUUAUUAUUGAAUGCUGCUUGUAGAUAUACUUGACUGUUCAAUCCCAGGAAUUUGUAUAAUAGAAAGUGGCAGGAGUCUGGUUUUAGAUGGUGGAUGUUCUUUGGAGCAUGUGGUCCUAAACAUUUUAUAAAAUAUUAAUAUUCUAUAAAAUUUACAUAACAUAGUGUAGGGCAUUUGCAAGUAUUAAAACAUGGUGAUUGUAAGGUUUAUGCUCAGCCCUUUGUCUCCAAAAUGAUGUUAAGUGUAAAAUAUCAAGGCAAUUUGUGGAUACAAUUUGAACUAUCCAUUAACACUAGGCAUUUGAUUUAAAUAAAGCUUCUUGAACUGGAGUGCUUACAACUCAGAAAGAAUUUUUCAACGAAUUCCUUCCAGGCUAUUGAAAUAGGUUAUGGCAGUAAUAGUAUUUAUAUAACAACACGUGUUAAACCUCAUAAUUUCUACCAGCUGAACUGAUAAACUCAGCCCACUUGAAGGUCUGUAGGCCCAACCUCAAACUAGGGGAAUGCAAUUGUGCCACAUCAUGCGAAAAUGGGUCUAAGCCAUAUGUGACCAGAAUAGCACCAAACAAGCCUGCAUUCUGGUCAACAGCUUUGCUUUCAACUAUAGUCACAGAGUUUCAGAGGACAGGGUAGCUCCAGACAAAAAUGCAUAAUUGCACAGGCUGGUCUAGAGCUAGGCUGGCUUCAUAUGGCAUAAGAUUCAUUUAACCAUGACCUGGCUCAAAUAACAAUGACUUUACAGAUUUGACUUACAUUUUUAGGAAUUUAAAAAUGUAGGAAUUGUUUGAGUGGCCUGUCCUUAUACAAACAUUCAACCAGUACACUCUAAAUGGCGCUUGUAAGGCCUUGAGGUUUGUAGAGGUGAGGUUUGUAGAGGUGGUUAAAAAUUCCACAGCUUAUUGGCGUCAAUGAUUUAUUAGAAUGUUAAUUUUAUUUUUUAAUUCUUUUUUUAUCAGGAUACAAAUUUAGUGUUUAUUGUUAGUUUUUCUUUGUUUACAUUGUACCGUAUGUGUUAUUGCUUAAGCCAAAUAAAGUACAAAUUUGUUUGGAUUGA